CCAAUUGUAAUGCUAUAUCAACUUUAACCAAAUUAGAAUAAUACAAUGAAUACGAUGGGUACAUCAGUUGAGAGGGUGUUGAACCGGCGUGCUAGUUUACUGGAUAAUAAAACCGUUCCGGUGCAUCAUGAAACCAUGUCGAAUUUAGGUACUUUCCUUGGGGAAACGGUUCUCAGUGAAAUGUCACCAAUCGCAAAAGAAAUGAUGCAUUUAGACAAACCAUUUCCGGUUGCUCCAAAAACAGUAUGGUUGUCGCCAAGUGAUAGAAACAAUGGGAAAUUUGUUCUAAAACCUCCUCCGAACGAAGAUGUUAUCAAGGCCUUGACUCACGAGGGAAUUCUAGAGAUCGGAUCGACUGUAGAAAAGAAAUUGGAAGAGCAUUGGCAAACUAGAAUAAAGGAAGCCAAAAAAGAGGUUGAGGAUUUCGAAAGGUUUGAGUGCAAUAAUCGCAUAAAAUUUGCACUACAACAAGAAAAACUGGCUCAUGAGAAAGUCCUCAAGCAACAACGAUCUGAUCUUUUGAAAAUGUUUCAAAAAGAUCGCGACGAAUUGAUUGAAGAGAGCAAAACCGAAAUGGAAACGCUGGAGAAAAAGCUGAUGAAUGAGCAUGAGCUUCAAAGAGAUAUCGAUAUCAGAAUGUCGGUGAAGCAGACACAGGUUUCAGCAGAUCAAAAAAUCAGUGAGUUAACUGAACGCAUAAAUUCAUUGGAAAACGAACUUCAAGACAUGCAGGAGAUGAUUGUGGUCGAAGUGGAGAAAAGGAAGAAUCGAGACUGGCAAAUUUUGCAAGAAAUGUUCAUCGCGAUGAAUCGACAAUUUUCUGCGAAACUAACAAUUUUGCAUAAUCAACAUAACGCUGAGAUCAGACAGCUUUACCUGGAAUUAAGGACUCAAGUAGAAGACAGCGAGCGCACCACUUCUUAUAAUGAAGACACGUGGAACGAUGAAAGUUUGUCUAGUGAACUUGAGCAGGAAAAUAUCGAACUAAGCCAUCAAGAAAAACCUUUCGUUAUAAAUGUGUGUAAAGUUGAAGGUGAAUCUUCCGAUGAAGAGAAGGAGGACGACCAUUCAAAUUGUUCUAGCUUUAAGUGCUAUCGACAUCGGUCCAAACCAAAAGACAGCCACUUUUAUGAGGAAGAUGUCGCUUUUGCAGAACCAUUCCAAUCGAAAAUAUCCUUAACCGAGAGUCAAUCGAAAAUUGGUUUUAUAAACAAUAUCAACACAACUGACGUCAGCUGCAACAUUCUGAGACGGUUGGGACUGAAUUUUAAUAUGGCGAAUAUAGAGAAGGUCAAACUCGAACUGGACAAUUUAAUGUUGAAUGUCAGCAAUAGAGGCGAAACACGAUUUUUAACUGCGGCUGAUUCGCUGGAAUUAUUAACAUUUGAUCUCACCAAAGAUUUUCCAAUUCCGGAAUCCGCGGAGUCACAGCAGCAGAAAGGGUCUAAAGACGCUGAUAGGGAAGAGUACAAACGAAUCAUGAAUCGAAAAAAAUCGAAAAAAUUAAUUGACACAAAGUUGGCAAUUCCGUUAACCGUUGACGAAUAUAUGAACACCCUUAUUCCGACACCGAAAUACAUGGAAACCCAAGGCGUUAGCAACAUUUCAAUUUGGGAUUAUAAAGCUAUGGACGAAGAUGAUUGGAACAAUUUACUUGAAGAAAUGGACGAUAAACUUCAUUCGGAGUCAAAUGAAUCGAACAGCAAAAGUAAAUCGGUGACGGUGACCUCUCCCAAUUCAAUGGAAUCAAUCUCAAUAUCUGAAAAUUUUUUGUGUAGUAGCAGCGAUAAGAAACCUGUAUGUAGUAUUCUGCGGUCUAGUUUAGACAGCAAAACGGAUCCGAAACGUAUGUUAAAAAAUGAAGCCUUUCAAACCGAUCAGAUGCAGUCUUUGGUUAAAAAAUUCUGUGAUGAAUAAGCGACGGAAUCAAUGAAAUAAAUUCUCUAUUU